AUGACGUGGGGCGCGUUUUGGGGAGGGAUUAAGCAGCAAGGAGAUGGUGGGAAGACCCUUCCCACGGGAUCCCUGCUGGUUUUCCAGCGGGAGACGCUGUUCCGGCAGGAGAGCGGGAUCACCUACCGCAUCCCUGCCCUGCUGUACCUGCCUCCUGCUGCCACCUUCCUGGCCUUCGCCGAGAAACGCUCCUCGCCCCGGGACGAGGACGCCAAGUACCUGGUGCUGCGCCGGGGCCACCCUGAGCCCCUCUCCCCUCCUCUCUGGCAGUGGGGUCCCGUGGAGGAGCUCUCAGCCCUGGUCCUGCCCGGCCACCGCACCAUGAACCCCUGCCCCCUCUACGACUCGACCAGCGGCACCAUCUUCCUCUUCUGCAUCUGCGUCGAGGGGGCCAAGACCGAGCAGCGCCAGAUCCUGUGGGGCUGCAACGCCGCGCUCUGCUGGACGAUUCCCUCCUUCCCUCCCUCCCUCCCUCUCUCCCAGAACCUCACCACGGGCAUUCCGGAGACUCGGCGUCGUGUCGCUCUGAUUUAA